CGGCUAGACCCCGCCAUGCUUUUCGCCCUCCUCUGCCUCCUCGCCCUCGCCGGCGGCGCCGCGCCGGCGGCGGCUGCGGCGAACGCGCGCCCGUGCGCGUCGCCGGACUCGGCUAGCGCCUACCCGUUCUGCGACGCCUCGCUCUCCAUCCUGGCCCGCGCGCGCGCGCUCGUCUCGCUCCUCACCCUCGACGAGAAGAUCGCGCAGCUGUCCAACACGGCGGGCGGGGUCCCGCGCCUGGGCGUCCCGCCCUACCAGUGGUGGUCCGAGUCCCUCCACGGGCUCGCCGACAACGGGCCCGGGGUCAACUUCUCCUCGGGCCCCGUCCGCGCCGCCACCGCCUUCCCGCAGGUCAUCCUCUCCACCGCCGCCUUCAACCGCUCGCUGUGGCGCGCCGUGGCCGGGGCCGUCGCCACGGAGGCCCUCGGCAUGCACAGCGCCGGCCAGGCCGGGCUCACGUACUGGGCGCCCAACAUCAACAUCUUCCGCGACCCCCGCUGGGGCCGCGGCCAGGAGACGUCCGGGGAGGACCCCGCCGUCGCCGCCGCGUACUCCCUCGAGUACGUCAAGGGGUUCCAGGGGGAGUUCGGGGAGGAAGGCAGGAUUAGGCUCUCGGCCUGCUGCAAGCACUAUACAGCGUAUGACAUGGAGAAGUGGGAGGGCUUCUCGAGGUACACCUUCAAUGCCAAGGUAACUGCGCAAGAUUUGGAGGACACGUACCAGCCUCCUUUCAAGACCUGCAUCCAGGAGGCUCGUGCCAGCUGCUUGAUGUGCGCAUAUAACCAGGUUAAUGGUGUGCCGAUGUGUGCUCGCAAAGAUCUUCUGCAGAAGACCAGGGAUGAAUGGGGCUUCAAGGGGUACAUUACAUCUGAUUGUGAUGCUGUGGCAAUUAUCCACGAGAACCAGACAUACACUACUUCAGAUGAGGAUUCAAUAGCAAUUGUUCUUAGGGCAGGAAUGGAUCUCAACUGUGGUUCUUUCCUAGUUCGGCACACAAAGUCAGCAAUCGAGAAGGGGAAGAUUCAAGAACAAGAUAUCGACCGUGCCCUUUUUAAUCUAUUCUCGGUUCAAUUGCGUCUUGGGAUAUUUGAUAAGCCCAAGGACACCGAAUUGGGGCCCAAUAAUGUGUGCACGGCAGAACAUAGAGAACUUGCAGCAGAAGCUGUAAGGCAGGGUGCUGUCCUUUUGAAGAACGACAAUGCUUUUUUGCCUCUGAAGAGAAGCGAAGUUAGGCAUGUUGCUGUCGUUGGACCAUCUGCAAAUGAUGCAUAUGCAAUGGGUGGAGACUAUACAGGUGUUCCCUGCAAUCCUACAACCUUCCUUAAAGGCAUUCAAGCCUAUGUUGCACAAACAACCUUUGCUGCUGGAUGCAAGGAUGUUUCCUGUAACUCAACAAAUUUGUUUGGUGAAGCCAUUGAAGCAGCUAAAGCAGCCGAUAUUGUUGUUGUAGUUGCUGGGUUGAACCUGACAGAAGAGCGCGAAGACUUUGAUAGAGUGAGCCUUCUCCUUCCAGGCAAGCAGAUGAACCUCAUACAUACCGUUGCUAGUGUAACGAAGAAGCCCCUUGUAUUGGUUCUCUUGGGUGGUGGUCCUGUUGACGUUUCUUUUGCAAAGCACGAUCCACGAAUAGCAAGCAUUCUUUGGCUUGGAUAUCCUGGCGAGGUCGGUGGGCAAGUCCUUCCAGAAAUUCUUUUUGGGAAGUACAACCCAGGAGGAAAGCUGGCUAUGACUUGGUACCCUGAAUCCUUCACUGCUAUUCCAAUGACUGAUAUGAACAUGAGAGCUGAUUCUUCACGCGGUUACCCAGGAAGAACAUAUCGAUUCUACACUGGAGAUGUAGUGUACGGUUUUGGAUAUGGUUUAAGUUAUUCCAGAUAUUCAUAUAGCAUCUUGUCGGCUCCAAAGAAGAUCAGCGUUCCACAUUCAUCAGUUCCGGACAUUAUCAGUAGGAAGCCUGCGUAUAUAAGCAGGGAUGGGCUAGACUUUGUGAAAAUCGAAGAUGUUGCAUCAUGUGAAGCUCUAGUAUUCUCUGUUCACAUCGCGGUUUCGAAUCACGGUGACAUGGAUGGGAGCCAUGCUGUUCUACUGUUCGCGAGGUCAAAAUCAAGUGUUCCAGGCUUUCCUAUAAAACAAUUGGUUGGUUUUGAGCGUGUCCACACAGCUGCUGGCAGUGCAACCAACGUGGAGCUUACCAUAGAUCCUUGCAAGCACAUGAGCGCAGCCAAUCCUGAGGGCCAAAGGGUACUGUUAUUGGGUGCCCACGUUCUGACGGUGGGUGAUGAAGAGUUCAAAUUGCUCAUCGAAACUUGACAAAGAUGUACACAUGUAGUCUUUCUGGAGUUCAAAUUUGGAAUAAUUUGAUGAAACUUGUAAAGAAACAUGCUGUAAAGAUUCAUCAUUAAACAUGCUGUAAAGAUUCAUCAUAGGAUUAGAUGCAAGUACAGUUGCAGCCAUUGCAGUAUAAACUGUAAGAAAUACAUCCAUCACACCAUUCUGAAUCGUA